AUGACGACAUGUGCACGAGAUGAAAACGCUAUAAAACGUUUCUGGUCGCUCGAGAGCAUAGGUAUCACUCCGUGCAAAGACGAGCAAGAGAAGACGGAUUACUUGGCGCAGUAUCAGCAGACGUCAACUGAAUUUACAGACGACAAGUACACUGCAGCCCUUCCAUGGAAAUUAGACCACGACCCACUUCCAACAAAUUACAACAUCACAAAGAAAAGAACUGAGAGCACGAUUCGCAGACUUAGCCAGGAACCUGAUAUGCUAAAGAAAUAUGGUGAAAAUAUAUCAGAGCAAGAGAGACGGGGAUUUAUAGAAAAGAUUGACGAUGUUGUACAAACUUCAAACGCAGUCCACUAUAUUCCCCACCACCCUGUGCGAAAGGAAUCAUCUACCACUCCUAUUCGUAUCGUGUAUGACUGUAGUUGUAAACAGUCAUCUGGUCAACCUAGCCUGAACGACUGCCUGGAGUCUACAGCACCUGUGCUGAAUGAAUUAACAUCUAUAUUGAUACGAUUUCGACUGGAAAGGUACGCUGUAACCAAAGACAUAGAAAAAGCUUUCCUACAUGUGGGACUACAAGAAAAAGACAGGGAUGUUACCCGGUUUUUGUGGCUCAGUGAUCCUAGUGAUCCUAAAUCUCAACUUUGCACAUACCGAUUCAAAGCAGUGUUGUUUGGCGCGACGUGCUCACCGUUUAUUCUUAACGCCACUAUUCUCAAACACCUGGAAUUGAACAAAACCAACAAAGCAGCCGAGAUUAUAAAGAGAGAAUUAUAUGUUGACAAUAUAUUGUCUAGUUUAGAAGAAAAAAGAGAUCUACUCACCUAUUUCCGUGAUGCACAUGAUCUGAUGAAAUGUGCCAGUAUGAACUUAAGAUUGUGGUCUUCUAACAACUCCGAACUAAAAGCUAUCGCCACACGAGAAGGAGUCAUAGAUAGAGAUGAAGUAAUCAAGGUACUAGGUAUGUGCUGGAAACCGGAAACAGAUACCAUGGCAUACAGACAUCACAAGAUACCAAAGUUAGACUCUGUAACCAAGAGGGACAUUCUAAGAUAUUCAUCACGAAUUUAUGAUCCACUAGGUCUGUUAAGCCCGGUAACAGUAAGGGCAAAAUUACUUCUUCAGCAAUUAUGGAAAGAUAAGUUUGAUUGA